AUGGACAUCCGUCACAGAAUCGCUCUCAUCCUGCACUUGUGUCUUAUUCCACUAACCGCUGCUAUGGUCCUUGUCUCCUCUCUGGCCGUAUUCACUCGAGCGAUGCGCAAACAAACAUCCAUCAUUAUCUUGAUCUUGAUCAGUUGGAUUGUGUUCUUCACACUUAUUACUGAUGUAGCUCUCAGGUUCAACAAGGUUUCAAACAGCUGCAUCCCAAGUACAAAAAUCACUAUAACUUAUAAUAAUCACUGGCAAGUUUGGAUCACUUUCGCAUCUCUUCUCAUUGCUUUCUUUAUCACUCAAAUUUUUGCUUUCGGUGGAUAUUUCCGCCCAAUGAUCACUAUGCUCUCAUUUGAGGGACAUCAUCAAAGAUAUGACUAUCCUAGAGUCAGCCAUCUGGAGAAAAAUAUGGUAUCUGUGAAGGAAAUUGAUAAUUUCUAG